AAAAAACCGAGGGCAAAGCGGAAAGAAAGAAUUUCAGGCGUAGGACGUGAUCGCUAUUUGGGCAUCGAAAAAAGAAAUGGGCGGAGAAGAAGGCGGUGGAGGUGGUACCGCUGAUUCAACAACGACAGCAACAACGGGAUGGGUAGAAGAACUGCAGAGAAGCCUUCAAGACUCCAAAGAAUCAGCCAUCCAGUCUGCUUGCUCCCUUCACCAUAACUCCUCUACCCAUCUACGCUCUUUGCAGGAUUUUGUACCACAUGCAUUCUCCCGCUAUAAAUCAUACGAAGAUGCAUUUGUCAACAAACUUAAAGAGGAGUUGAUGAGUGCAAAGGAACACCCAGCUGCAGCUAUUGGGAUUACUGUUACUGCUGCUCUCUUUCUUAUGCCAGGCCCAAGAAGGCUUUUGUUUCGUAAUACGUUGGGCCGAUUUCAAAGUGAGGAGGCACAAUUUCUUAGGGCUGAGAAGAAUGUAAAAGAGUUGAACCUUUCUGUUGAUAUGAUGAAAAAGGAAAGCAGUAAGCUGCUUGAAAGGGCAGCUCUUGCAGAAAAGGAUAUGAAACGGGGCCAUAAAGAGCUCAUGAAUGCUGGAGGCCAAAUUCAACAUCUUGCUAAAUCAGUUUACAAGGCUGAGGCCCAAGCUGCAGAUUUGAUGGAUGGGCUGCGAGAGAUCCCUGGCAGGGAGGCAUUGAAACUACGAGCAGAGGUUGCUUCAAUGGCUUCUCUUUUGAGGCAGCAGAGGGUUUCACUUGACAAAAGGAUAAUGAAGAUAUCUGAAUUGGGGAUACCUGUCUGAUGACUGGGGCGAUUUUUCUUGUGUUGAUCCCAUAUGCCGUAUGUGCCAAUUCUUCCAUUGUUGAAUAUUUCCUUUUCUGGAGUUAUAAUUUUAGUAGCAACAUUUUUCAUGAUCUGAUUGAGAUCAGUGGUUUGUUUAAAUAAUUGAUUCAUGUCAAUGAAGUUUUUGCCAUCGGUAAAAGCACCUACUAAUUGGUUUUAGGGAAGGGGAUCUCUAUAGUGAUGCUGCAUUUUGUAGGUUGUCAAACAACUUUAACAGGAUUGAAAUUAGUUAAAGGUCCUUGGCUUUUGGUACU